ACGACGACGACGACGACGACGGCCGGGGCCCUGCGGCGGGAGCUCACCUGCUCCGUCUGCCUCGAGCUCUUCCGCCAGCCCGUCAUCCUGGGCUGCGGACACAGCUUCUGCCGCGCCUGCAUCGGCCGCGUGUGGGAGAGCCGGGAGCGGCAGCGGCGGCUGGUGCAGACCUUCCCAGCUCAAAGCUUCACCAAGAACUUCCUGGCUGCCAACCUGGUGGAGCGGCUGCGGGAGGCGAAGACCGUUCCCCGCACGCCCAGCGUGGCGUGGCCAAGGCAGUGCCGCGAGCACGACAAGCCCCUCACCAUCUACUGCGCCACUGACCAGCAGCUCAUCUGUGACCUGUGUAGGACGUCCAAGGCACACCGGAGUUGUGAUAUUCUACUCGUCCAGGAACUAACUGAUGAGUACCCGCAGAAGAAGAGAAGGAAAGAGCUGAAGGAGAAGAUUGAGAAGGAGUUUGCGAAGAUGAUUGAGUUUCUGAUCGAGCAGCGGGAGAUGCUGCUGAUGCAGCUGGAAGAGGAGGAGAAGGUGGCAUUGGCCGAGAUGGAGGCCGGGGAGAUGGACCUGGCGGCCACCAUCGUGGAGCUGGAGAAAUCCAUCGCCUACAUCCAGAGCAAGCUGCGCAAGUCCGUCUCCCUGGAGGAAAUGCUGGACACAAUUUCUCAGCCUAUUCCCCGGCUGGGGAAGACCACCCUGAUGAAGUUGAACCCAAGAUGGGAGACGUUCACCGGACCCCUGCAGCUGAUCGUUUGGAAGCGGAUGCAGGAUAUCAUAAACCCAGUGCCGGAGAACCUGCGCUUCAACAUGGCCAGCGCCCACCCCAACCUGCGCUUCAACAGCGACUGCACCUCGGUGGAGUCCUCGUCGUCCCGGGGCCCGGCGGCCGACAACCCCAAGCGCUUCGGCUCCUUCCACGCUGUGCUGGCCACCGCCCGCUUCUCCUCGGGCCGCCACUACUGGGAGGUGGAGGUGGGGGCCUCGCCGGCCUGGUACCUGGGCCUGACCUGCGUGCACAGCGCCCGCAAGGGCUACGUCAAGCUGCGGCCCUCCAAGGGCUACUGGAGCAUCUGCAAGCUGCUGCUGUACCUGAUGAACAACGAGCGCCAGAGGCCCCUGCACGUCGCCUCCGCCCUCUCCCGGGUGGGGGUCUACCUCGACUUCGAGGCCGGCCUGGUCUCCUUCUACGACGCAUGCGGCAUGGCCCUCCUCUGUACCUUCAGCACCGCCUUCCGCUGCCCCGUGGUGCCUUUCUUCAGCCCCAGCCGUGGUGUGGACAGCAUUCUGAAACUGCGACACUUCUGA